UCUAACUUAUGUUAGCGUAGUGUAGUACGGGAGGUCGUAGUGCAUGAUCAAUCAUCUGAUGCAUAUUUCAAUAUUUUUAUAAAGAACAUGUACUUACUUACAAAAAGAAUAGUCAACGUACCAUUAAUAAACUAAUUAAUACGUUAACACAUGAGUAUUUACUAUGUAAAAGUCGCUAAGUCGUUCAUUUUACAAACGAACAAGUCGCUCGUUUAAAAAAAAAAGAUGUAACACAAAAUUUACGAAUUCUGACCUUUUACAAUAAAACGCAUUAAACGCACGCAAGAUUAGGUAGAAUUCAACAGCCGUCUCGAUUACGUCAAAAUCGAGCGAGAUACGCGAUCGGUCUUCUCUUUUCAAUAAACAGGAUUGGACAGGACGAUUCCAAUAAAUGGCGUGAUUUAGUGAUGAACCGGCAGUGACUGAAAGUGGGAGUGUUGUUCUGUGGUGUAUGUAAUGGUGGUGUAACACGAAAUAAAUCUGUUUUUGACUAAAAGGUAACUAUGAAAGUUUACAAUUAGUUUUAUAAUAAAAUGCAUGAUCUUUGAGAUACUUCGUUUUUUAGAAAAAUAAUUUGAUGAUGAUUUGAAUUAAUUAUCUUUUGUUUUAAAAAUGUAGUAUGUUUGAAAAAUUAUAACGUAAUACUUCAGUUUAAUUUUUAAAAAUACGUCUUUUUCAUUGGAGUAAUUGAGUAACCAUCGCUUUAUUGUAAAACAUAAACAGUAGCUAAAGUACGAUUCUGAUUUACUUUUUAUUAUUUACGCGAAUAGCAAAUUGUAUGAAAAUGUUUAACGUUAAUGCUGUUUAUUCGAAAAUAAAAUGUUCAAAUUAUAAUUUACAACCAUGUUCGUCUUUAACUUUUUAGGUUAUUAUAGAACAAUGGCGUCAUCUUGGAGGUCCCGUAGAAUCCUAGGUUUGGUUCAAACUGGAAAUAACCAAGAACUCGACCACAUAAUUAGUCACGAUGAGACCAGAAGUGAAUAUCAUAUAGAUAUCGAAAAUCAGGAAAAUCUAUCUCCAGAGUUUGGGCCGAUGCCAAUAACAGCUGAAGAGCCAAAAUCUGAUUUGAAACAGGAUUCACCUACUGUCACAAAAAUCGUUAGCCUAGUACCAGAUUAUAGCAGUGAUUCAACCGUGAGUGAAAAUAUUGAUAGUAUACACGUAAACAACAAUGCCGAGCCUGCUGAUUACGACUCUCAAAUUUUGCCGAUCUCAGGCAAUAAUACUCAACGUUCUCGAUCCUCCAGUUCAUCUUCAUCAUCUAGUUCCACUUCUUCUAGUUCAUCCUCAUCUUCAUCAAGUUCUUCAAGCUCCAGUGAUACUCCAGAAGUUAAUGACGAUCAACAAAUUAUUCAGCAAAGAGCGAGUCGACAUAAGAACAGCGUGCCUCAUUAUAAUAUUUCCCCUAUUUACUCAGAUGAAAGUGACAUUGAUCUCAGCGACGAUGAUCCUACCAUAGAUUUUAAUUCAAUACCUAGAAAGCACAUUAGGAGACAGAACUUUCUCUUUGAAGGAUCAACUUUAGAUUCUUCUGACUUCAAUAGCGAAACAAAUAAUAGUCGUCGAGGACGCAAGAGAUCACGAAAAAUUGAGAAGUGGCAGCAAGUGCGAUCGAAGCAACUCCGCAAUAGAGGCAAAUCGUAUGUCUCGAUGUCAAAAAGACGUAAAACUAUUCCAGCUCGAUUUAUAAAAGACGCAUGUAACGAAAACUGUAAAUUAAAGUGUAAAGAUAAGAUCGAUGAUGAGGGGAGAUACCAUUUAUUUAGCUCCUUUUGGGACCUAGGGAGCUUAGUUGCACAGAGGGCCUAUUUACGAACGUGUAUGGAAGAUAUUACCCCUAAAUAUAAAUACACUAAUUCUCAAAAUCCCAGACGUCCAAACAAAGCUUUUUAUUAUAUUUUAAAUUAUAAUAAUAAAAUAAGAGUAUGUAAGACUUUUUUAAAAAAUACACUGUCUAUAUCCGAAAGAAUGAUUUUCACGGUGCAAUCUAGAAUGAACGAUGGUUUUAUGCUUGAUGACCUAAGAGGGAGACAUAAUAAUCACAACAAACUUAAUCCGCAGUUACUAGAUGACAUUCGAAAACCAAAGCUAGAAUCACAUUAUGUUCGAGCUUCGACGUCAAAGCAGUACAUUGGCGGUGAUAAGACUAUUAAGGAUUUAUACAAUGAUUUUGCUGCACAGCAAAGUAAUAGUAACAGGGAAGUAGGUAAUUAUAUGGCAUAUUACAAAAUUUUUAACACUGAAUUCAAUUUAGGAUUUUACCAACCAAAGAAAGAUCAAUGUGAUCUAUGCACAUCAUACCACAACUCAAAUGUUGAACAGAAACAAGUUUUGGAAGAUAAAUAUUGUAAACAUAUGCAGGAGAAAACCUUGAGUCGUGCUGAAAAAGUUGCCGAUCGUCAAAAUAUAACCAAAGACUCUAGAGUAGUUAUUUAUGACUUAGAAGCUGUUUUACAGUGUCCGAGGGGUAAUACUUCCGCUUUCUAUUAUAAGUCUAAACUAAAUAGCUAUAAUUUGACGUUGACAGAGCUACUAAAUGGAGAUAAAAAAGCAUAUGACAAUGUUCACUGUUUCUUUUGGACUGAAGUAGACGCUAAACGAGGUGCUAACGAAAUUGGCUCUUGCAUUUGGGAAUAUUUACAAAAUCUGUGUGCAGAAGAUGAAGAACCGAAACAAAUUAUAUUUUACUCAGACAACUGCUGUGGGCAGAAUAAAAAUAAAUAUAUCGCCACAUUAUAUUUGUAUGCCGUAACUAAUUUAAAUAUUUCCAGUAUAACACAUAAAUUUAUGAUAAGGGGACAUACACAGAAUGAAGCAGACAGUGUGCACAGCCUAAUAGAAAGAGAGGUAAAGAAAAACUUAAAAGCAGGUCCAAUUUAUAGUCCAGACCAGUAUGUUACCCUUAUUAAAAAUGCAAAAAAAAAGUAAACCUGCAAUAAAUGUUCAUGAAAUGACCUUUGAAUCUUUUAUCAACUUAAAGUCUCUUCAAGAGCAGUGGGGUUACAACUUUACUGUAGACAUAGAUGGGAAAACCGUAAAUUGGAAUGAUGUAAAGGUUUUGCAGAUGGUGAAAUCAGAACCAUUUCAUUUUUAUUAUAAGACUUCCUACAGUGAUACUAAUUUUAAACAAGUUGAUAUAAGAAACAAAAGAAAAAAAUGGACCCAAUAACUGCAAUUACUCUGGAUAAAGCAUAUAGCCAAAGACAACAGUUAAGUGAAAAUAAGAAAAAAGAUCUAAAAGAACUACUAACUAAGAAAUUGAUUCCCUCCUUUUAUGCAAGUUUUUAUAAUUCGAUUGUUUAGUAUUGAUUCUACUUAUUUUAUUUAAGAAUGAUAAAUACUGUUUUUUUAGAAAGUGUAAUAAUAUUACACACAAUUAUGUGUAUUGCCACAAAUUAAGUUCCUUUCUGCCAAAGUAUGCUUAUUUUUUUUAAUAAGGUUAGA